GGCGCGCUCCGGGCAGGUAGAGCCGGGCUCCGGGCGCGCGCGGGGGCCGCAGCAGCUGCUACCCCACCUUGCCUCGGCCCUGCGCAGAGGCUCGCGCGCCCAUGGCUGGCUCGGAGCAGCAGCGGCCGCGGCGGCGGGACGACGGAGACUCGGCGGCGGCGCCCCUGCAGGACGCGGAGCUGGCCCUCGCCGGCAUCAACAUGCUGCUCAACAACGGCUUUAGGGAGUCGGACCAGCUUUUCAAACAAUACAGAAAUCGUAGCCCAUUAAUGAGUUUUGGAGCCAGCUUUGUCAGUUUCUUGAAUGCCAUGAUGACAUUUGAGGAAGAAAAAAUGCAGUUGGCAUGUGACGACUUAAAAACCACAGAAAAGCUGUGUGAAAGUGAAGAGGUUGGAGUAAUUGAAACAAUCAAGAAUAAAAUUAAGAAGAAUGUUGAUGUCCGAAAAUCCACCCCUUCUAUGGUUGAUCGGCUUCAGAGGCAGAUAAUCAUAGCUGACUGUCAAGUUUACUUGGCUGUGCUCUCAUUUGUAAAGCAAGAAUUGUCAGCAUAUAUAAAAGGUGGGUGGAUCCUUAGGAAAGCCUGGAAGAUUUACAAUAAAUGCUAUUUGGACAUCAAUGCCCUCCAGGAGCUGUAUCAGAAGAAGCUAACGGAAGAGCCCUUGACUUCUGACGCUGCAAAUGAUAAUCACAUUGUGGCUGAAGGGGUGUCUGAGGAGUCUCUAAACAGACUGAAAGGUGCUGUGAGCUUUGGAUAUGGCCUUUUUCACCUUUGCAUAUCCAUGGUGCCCCCAAACCUGCUCAAAAUCAUCAACCUGCUGGGUUUUCCUGGAGACCGCCUACAGGGGCUUUCUUCACUGAUGUAUGCAAGCGAAAGUAAGGACAUGAAGGCCCCUUUAGCUACAUUAGCGCUGCUGUGGUAUCAUACUGUAGUCCGCCCGUUUUUUGCCCUGGAUGGCAGUGAUAACAAAGCAGGCCUGGAUGAAGCGAAGGAAAUUCUUCUCAAAAAAGAAGCUGCUUAUCCAAAUUCUUCCCUCUUUAUGUUUUUCAAGGGACGCAUACAACGAUUAGAGUGUCAAAUCAACAGUGCCUUGACUUCCUUCCAUACUGCUCUGGAACUUGCAGUAGACCAGAGAGAAAUCCAACAUGUGUGUCUGUAUGAAAUUGGUUGGUGCAGCAUGAUAGAGCUGAAUUUCAAGGAUGCAUUUUACUCCUUUGAGAGGCUAAAAAACGAGUCCCGGUGGUCCCAGUGCUAUUACGCCUAUUUAACCGCAGUUUGUCAGGGAGCCACUGGUGAUGUGGACGGGGCACAGAUUGUCUUUAAAGAAGUUCAGAAACUCUUCAAAAGGAAAAACAAUCAGAUUGAACAGUUCUCAGUGAAAAAGGCAGAGAGAUUUCGGAAACAAACCCCAACCAAAGCGCUGUGCGUGCUGGCGUCCAUUGAAGUGUUGUACUUGUGGAAAGCCCUCCCCAAUUGCUCCCUCCCCAACCUACAGAGGAUGAGUCAAGCUUGCCAUGAAGUGGAUGAUUCAUCUGUCGUUGGAUUAAAGUAUUUGUUUCUUGGUGCCAUACACAAAUGUCUAGGGAACUCAGAAGAUGCUGUCCAGUUCUUUCAGCGAGCUGUUAAAGAUGAGUUGUGUCGUCAGAAUAACUUAUAUGUUCAGCCAUAUGCUUGCUAUGAACUUGGCUGUCUUCUGUUAGACAAACCAGAGACUGUAGGAAGAGGCAGAAGUCUCCUUCUUCAAGCAAAGGAGGAUUUCUCUGGCUACGACUUUGAAAACAGAUUGCACGUCCGCAUCCAUGCUGCUCUGGCUUCGAUGAGGGAAUUGGUUCCUCAGUGACAGACCCGAAGUUCCCGCUCUGUCCCUCCCCACACAGGUUCUGCACUUUAAAAGUAGAGGACACAGCUCUUAUGAAGAUCAGCUUUUCUUCUGAAAACCGCCUGGGCCUGGGACACAUUUUCUCAGUUAGGUUGAUGUAUUAAAGAUCUCCUCUUUUAAACACAUAGCUAAAAAGUAAUAAUGAUGAUGAUAAUAGUAAUAAUAACUAACCACCUGGGGAGAGGGUUAAGUGACCUUGUUCAAACAUUUUAGUUUUGUGAUUUAUUAUUUUUAAAAUAAAAUUCAACUAAAUAUUCAACCUGCAA